AUGUCUACUUCCAUGAUAACGCAUCAGUCACUCAGAAUGUUUGGAACCGCUUGCAAACAACAGUUUAUAAAGGUACAUAGCAGUAUUUAUCAAAUCGAUAUUUUUGCUGUUCCUGACGUCGUUUUUCAGGUCUUGAUUCCUUUAUUAGAUAUCAAUUCUACUUCAUCAGUAUUGUUCACGAAGAGGUCGAUUCAUUUGAAGAGUCAUCGAGGCGAGGUGUGCUUCCCAGGAGGUAAAAUGGAGGAUGGUGAGACUAUUGAAGAGGCGGCUCUACGAGAAACACACGAGGAAAUCGGUAUCGAUCCAUCUUCAGUAGAUGUGUGGGGCUGUCUGACACCCGUCUUAACUCGUAACCUCACGUCAACGGUGGUUCCUAUCGUGGGCUCUAUUCCAGAUCAGGCACUGAAGUCCGAGAAUGUGAACAAAAAUGAGGUCCAAACACUGUUCUCAGUUCCUUUGGACGAAUUGUGCCGCAACUACGGAUACACACGCUUUUCGAGUGAAACUUCUGAGUACACAUUACCCGUGUUUUUCAGCAAGGAGUUUGUGGUGCAUUCCCACAAUGAGGGCCAGUUCUUACCACGCGAAUUCCGCAUCUGGGGACUUUCGGCGAUUAUGUUGCAUCAACUUCUCCUCGUCAUAGCGCCAGAUAAAUACAGCAACAUACUGCAUGUUAGAUUUAACUAA